CACAGUUUAGCAUAGCUUAGCCAGUCAGCUACUGCUCUGGACCUAGUUUGUGUUGUAUGAACAUCUAACGUUACAUUGCCCCAAUAUUUUCUAAAAGCGUUUGUAAACAUAAAACAGCGCUGGAAAUGGGGGUUUAUAUGAUAGUUUUAUCCGUCCACCUCAACACAAGUCGACAUUAGCCGCCGUACUGAAUCUAAACGGGUCGACUAGCUGUUAGCAAGCUAACAAGCCAGAGAAGAGAAAGAAGUUUGGACCGUAUUAAAUCCAUUUUUGAAUUGGAUUAUUUGGGAAGUUGUGUGGUUGUUUGAACGAUUACAGGAAUGCCUACAGCGUCUCGGAAGACUCACCUGCAGAUCCCGAGCCACUUUUGAUGAGAUUCUGGGAGGUCCACACCGUCAACCAGAGGUGAACUCAAGGAGGCUAGAAUGCUCUGGGCAUGAUCUUUCUGGAGCAUCCAGUGUCAAAGAACAAGAAGACACCUGCAACUCUAAAACCCAGAAUCUUUUCUGCACGGGAUCAGGAGAUAAGGACUCAGAGAGGGUAGAGAAGGGGCAUAGAGGUGUUGGGCAGGGGGCCGCUGGUGCAUGUGGGGGCAGUGCACAUCCCUUGCUGGAGAGUGGAAGCCCACCUCGCCCAUGCUGUCCCCUGCCCAAUCCAGUCUCACCUCCCACUGCAAUGGUGACAUGAGCGUAUACCUUACAGAGAAGCCCAAUUUCAACCCAUCCAUUUUGUCUCUUUGGAAAAAACAUACAAUAGACUUGUAAAUAGAGGACUGUGUGUAUCCUGAUUGGUGUGGUUGCAAGGUGAUGAUGCUGAUGUGUGGACGUGUGAGACGGCUCUUCCGUCAGCUUACGCUGCAGACCAGCCUGCUGCUGCUCUUCAUUUUCUGCAUGGUCAGUGUUCUCAUCUCAGCCUAUUUCUUGUAUGGCGUUAAACGAGAGCUCGAACCUGCAGGAGUUGGAGGUGUGGUGGUCCCAGAAGAAGGUACUGCUGAUUGGGAAGAUCCCCGGGCGACUCCUUCCCCUCCGUCAGCAAAGGUGCUGCCAGCCAGAACCGCCAAGCCAGCAGACAUGUCUCGAACCGACCCUGUGGUUCUGGUGUUUGUGGAAAGCUUGUAUUCCCAGUUGGGCCAGGACAUCAUUGCCAUUUUGGAAUCUGGGAGAUUUCGAUACCAGACCGAGAUCGCACCUGGGAAGGGCGAUAUGCCCACACUCACAGACAAGAACCGGGGGCGAUUUACACUUGUCAUCUAUGAGAACAUUCUUAAGUAUGUCAACCUGGAUGCCUGGAAUAGAGAGUUGCUGGACAAAUACUGUGUGGAGUAUGGCGUUGGCAUCAUCGGCUUUUUCAAGGCUAAUGAGAACAGUUUGCAGAGCGCCCAGCUCAAGGGCUUUCCUCUCUUCCUCCACUCCAAUCUGGGUUUAAGGGACUGUAGCGUCAAUCCCAAGUCUCCACUGUUGCUCAUCACCAAAGCCCGGGAGGUGGAGCACGGCCCCUUACCAGGGGACGACUGGACAGUCUUUCAGUCUAACCAUACCACCUAUGAGCCUGUGCUGUUAGCUCGGGGACGGAGUACAGAGGCCAGUGGAGCUCCUGGACCCCUUCAUGCGGCUGUGGUUCAGGAUUUGGGUCUCCAUGAUGGCAUCCAGCGGGUACUCUUUGGCAACAACCUGAACUUUUGGCUGCACAAACUGGUACUGGUGGACGCAGUGAGUUUCUUGACAGGCAAACGUCUCUCAUUGGCUCUUGAGCGCUACAUACUGGUGGAUAUCGAUGACAUCUUUGUUGGGAAGGAGGGCACAAGGAUGAAGGUGUCUGAUGUCAAGGCCCUACUGGAGACGCAGAACGAACUCCGAACCCACGUGCCCAAUUUCACCUUCAACUUGGGAUUCUCUGGAAAGUUCUUCCAUGCUGGCACAGAUGAGGAGGAUCUUGGAGAUGAUCUGCUUCUGUCCUACAGUAAGGAGUUCUGGUGGUUCCCCCACAUGUGGAGUCACAUGCAGCCACAUCUCUUCCACAACCAGUCUGUGCUGGCUGAACAAAUGCUGCUCAACAGAAAGUUUGCAGAGGAGCAUGGCAUUCCCACAAACAUGGGUUAUGCAGUGGCUCCCCAUCACUCUGGAGUGUAUCCCAUCCAUUUGCAGCUGUACGAGGCGUGGAAGAGAGUGUGGGGCAUCAAAGUGACCAGUACAGAGGAGUAUCCCCACCUCAAACCCGCACGCUUCCGCAGGGGCUUCAUACACAGUGGCAUCAGUGUGUUGCCCAGACAGACCUGUGGUCUCUUUACUCACACCAUCUUCUACAAUGAGUAUCCUGGAGGCUCUAAAGAGCUGGACAAACUCAUAAAUGGAGGAGAGCUUUUCCUAACUGUGCUUCUCAACCCAAUCAGCAUCUUCAUGACCCACCUGUCCAACUAUGGGAAUGAUCGUCUUGGCCUGUACACCUUCAAGAACCUGGUGAAGUUCAUACAGAUGUGGACCAACCUGAAACUGCAGACUCUGCCACCUGUGCAGCUGGCGCAGAGAUAUUUCCAAAUCUUCCCUGAAGAGAGGGACCCCAUCUGGCAGGACCCCUGUGAGGACAAAAGACACAAAGACAUCUGGUCUAAAGAGAAGACCUGUGACCGUUUCCCCAAGCUGCUUAUCAUUGGACCUCAGAAGACCGGAACUACUGCUCUCUAUCUGUUUCUGGGCAUGCAUCCUGAUUUGACCAGUAACUACCCCAGCAAGGAGACCUUUGAAGAAAUCCAGUUCUUCAACGGCCGAAACUACCACAGAGGAAUUGACUGGUACAUGGAGUAUUUCCCUCUACCCUCCAACACUAGCUCAGAUUUCUACUUUGAGAAAAGUGCCAACUACUUCGACUCUGAGGUCGCGGCCCGGCGAGCAGCUGCUCUUUUGCCCAAAGCCAAAAUCAUCACCAUUCUUAUCAACCCGGCUGACAGAGCCUAUUCCUGGUAUCAGCACCAAAGGGCUCACGAUGAUCCUGUGGCUCAGAAAUACACAUUCCAUGAUGUCAUCACUGCUGGGUGGGAUGCGCCCAUCAAACUGAGGGUCCUGCAGAGCCGUUGUCUAGUGCCCGGACUUUACGCCACACACCUACAGCGCUGGCUCACACACUAUCACUCCAGUCAGAUCCUGGUCCUGGAUGGACAAUUGCUGAGGACUGAACCAGCUUCAGUGAUGGACAAAAUCCAGAAGUUUCUAGGCCUGACAAACACGCUCAACUACCACAAGAUUCUUGCGUUCGAUCCGAAGAAGGGUUUCUGGUGCCAGGUGCUAGAUGGAGGGAAGACCAAAUGCCUGGGCAAGAGUAAAGGGAGGAGAUAUCCUGACAUGGACGUUGAUUCCCGGACCUUCCUGAGAGAGUAUUACCAUGAGCACAACAUUGAGCUCUCCAAGCUGCUGUACAAAAUGGGCCAGCCGCUGCCUAGCUGGCUUAGGGAGGAGUUGCUUCACAGCAGGUAACCUGAAGAGGGGGGUGGGGACACACUGGUCAGACUCGGACACCCCUCCUUCUGCUCUUGAGGGGACUCGCCCUCUUGUCCACCCCUGUAAGCCGCCGGCCACAGUUGUUGGUCAAGUCUCCUCCAGCGGCUUUGUGGACCUUCAGUUCGGAGAACUGAGCUUCUAGAGGACAUGACAAAGAGGUAGAGAAAGAUGCCCUUAGGUGCGCUAGUGGCUCUGUUCCGUUUUGGAGAACAGUGAUGUGCCCAGGACAUAGCCCUGGGGUACACCCACUACAAUCCUUGGCUCUAACAUGGGAUCACAACGGGAGGCUUCCAAAAAACAUUCUACUUGUCUGGUGUGUUGAAGUACCAGGAAGACAUAAUGUCAGAACAAAUGGACAUAUAUGGGAAUGGAGGGCACAUAUUUAUUUGAGCUGUAGGACAUACACAAGUCUGCAACAGAUAAAUAAGUGCCAGAGUGGUUGGUACCUUAAAGUCAGACUUUCUUUGUUUUCUUGGUUAAAUAUUAUUUUAACAUUCAUUUCAUGUGUUGUUUUCCACAACACAAGGCUGUUCACCUUGUAGUUUCAUAUUUCUGUUUCAAACUUUUUUUUAUUUCAUAGGAUAUUAAGCCCAUUCGUUACAGAUGCACCCUCUGGGCUUAAAAUGUGACAUUUAAAGGUGAAUUUUCAUUACGAUGUAUUUAUGGCUAUUAGUUGCGAAUCCACAGGACAGCUUAAUAAUGUGUGAUAAAUUGUGGUACUAAAACACAGAUAAGCUACAUCCAUAAUCAAUGUGACUGUAAAUAUGAAACUGUAAAAAAAGCUGGGUAUGUUUUUGGCCCGUUAUAUGUGUAGUAACUGCCUUAAUGCAACUUAAUCAAGCCAAUUACGGUUAAAUUCACUAAAGUAUCCAAACUGAUGUGUUUUGACAGGCCUUAGGGGCUGAUCUAUUUGAUCUUAAUUUGAAUGAUGAAUGUCGAGAAC